CGAUAGUAUGCGCUAGUCCUCCGAUGCGCCGGCAGGUCACUUUCCAACUUCCGCCACUUGACCCGCCGCCCCACUCCACACUCCGCGGCUCGGACGGCGGCGAUGUCAUGGCUCGCGCGCUCCAUCGCGGCCACCCUAUCCUCCGCCCCCUCCGACGACGACGAUUCCGUGGAAACCUCCGGCGAAAAAAGUCCGGAUCACGCCGCCCACCCCCCCAACGCUGACGACGAAAAGGACGAGCAGCCGGACACCCCUGGCCGUGGAGUCAAAGGCGACAUCUCGGAGCUGACCGAGUCCCUCAGCCGACGCUUCUGGGGCGUUGCCUCCUUCCUCGCGCCGCCGCCGCAGGCCGAGGCAGAGGCAGUCGAGACGGUGGCGGCGGAUGGGGAGAGUAGUGGAGCUCAGUCCCCGCGGGUCGCUGGGAUCCGAAGUGACCUGGCGGAGAUCGGGGGUAGGGUGAGGAGCGGCAUCUCGAUCCUAUCGAACGCCAACGCCAUGGCUGAGAUCUCCAAGAUCGCGUCGUCGUUCCUGCCUUUCGUGGAGGAUGAGGAGGAGGAGCAGGUCGAGGCGGUCGGUGUGACCGAGGAGGUGGUGGUCUUUGUGAGGCACAUCUCAACGCAACCCGAGACGUGGCGCGAUUUCCCCCUAUUCGUCAACGACCGGCAAACCGAUGAUUUUGAACUGUCAGAUACACAAUGUGAACAUGCAUUGGCUAUAGAGCGUAUUGUACCAAGCUUAUCAUAUCUCAGGACUGAACUUUGUUCUACGAAUAUGAGUGAAGCAUGCUUCUGGAAGAUCUAUUUUGUACUUCUUCACUCAAAGCUCAACAUGCAAGAUGCUGAACUUCUUUCAACGACACAAAUCCUGGAAGCAAGAGAAGAAUUAUUGCAAAGCUCCCCGAAGAUGAAAAAGUUAGGAUCUGAGGGGCCUGGGGGGCCAUCAGGAAGCAGAAAUGUUUCAUCUACCCAAGCAGAAGAUAGCGAGUUCUUGCCCUCAAGCAUCCAGUGCAAGAGUGAAAUAUUUGAAGCAGUAUCAUUCCAAGAACCAAUUCCUGAUCCUUUGCGCGGCAUUGAGACUGUCAAGCAUCCUAUUUUAACCUCUGAGCCAGAAAUGGUCGACAAGUCUGUAAUUGAGGAAAUGGUGGUGACAAAUGAGAUCAAGAGUAUACUUGCUGUGAAGCCUAGCCUUCAUACCGCAGAGGAUGAUGACGACAAAGAAGUGGAGGAGUGGUUAGAAGAUAUGGAGCAUGUAUCCAGCAAAACAGGCAACGUCACUUUAGCUUGUCAGGACGAAGAUGUGUCUUUCAGUGACCUGGAGGAUGAGGAUGAUGAUUAAUUAAGGGACGGCUAGUAAAUAAUGAAUCCCAGUCAGCUCACUCCUGCUAUACUACUCCGUCCGGUGAUGAACACAAGGUUGUGUUUCAGGAACACUUGCUGUUACUGAAGGAUCUUAGGAACUGCGUGGCAGCAGAAUCAUGGCAGGCGCCAGGUAUUGUAUAUCAUGGGUUUACUCUGUUUGAUUCUAGUUGCAACCUUAUGUACGCACCGGCAUCUUCUGUGUACAUAGAAAACAGCAAUAGUGCUGGUCUGUAAGUACUUUUUUUUAGAAAGUGUAAGUGCUGCUUGGCCACGUUGAUAUGGGAUUCAUGUAGAUACCACAAUCUAAGGUGUGUUGUCAGAUGCUGUGUAGUCGGUUAAUCACAAAGUGAUCCUUCCAUUGUCGGCAAACCUUUCCUGUUUUUUGAGACAUAAUUUUCUUUCUUGGAU